UCUGCCUCCCCUGCAUGACUAUCAUUGUGAGUUGGCCAGAGAGGGGAGUCAAGAGCUCGGUGAUCACUCGAUGCUGUUCAAUUUUUCAAGAUGUCGUCGCUGGAACAGAGGCUCUCGAGAAUCGAGGAGAAACUAAAACAAGAGAAUAAUGAUGCUCGCCGGAGGAUCGACCUUAAUAUAGACAUGAGUCCACAGCGAUCACGUCCAAGACCAAUCAUCGUGAUCCAGCUCUCUCCUGCUCCAGCCCCCUCCCAGCGUGCAGCGCUCCAGCUGCCCCUGACCAACGACGGGGGGAGCAGGUCGUCGUCCUCGGAGAGCUCGCCCCAGCACCACCCCAGUCGCCCCCGCAACAUGCUCAACCUGCCCACGCCCCAGUACGUCCUGCAGAAGAGCCUGGAAAAUGCGGAGAUUGACCAGAAGCUUCAGGAGAUCAUGAAACAGACGGGCUAUCUAAAGAUCGACGGUCAGCGCUAUCCAGCUGAGGUAUCAGACCUGAUCAGCGAGGGCGAGAUUGGCAGUGGAACUUGUGGUCAGGUCUUUAAGAUCAGAUUCAAGAAAACGGGCCACGUCAUCGCAGUCAAGCAAAUGCGUCGCACUGGAAACAAGGAUGAGAACAAGAGGAUCCUGAUGGACCUGGAUGUAGUGCUGAAGAGUCACGACUGUCCGUACAUCAUUCAGUGCUAUGGCGCCAUAGUUACCAACACGGAUGUGUUCAUCGCCAUGGAGUUGAUGGGGACGUGUGCUGAGAAGCUGAAAAAGAGGAUCCAGGGGCCGAUGCCGGAGCGCAUUCUGGGAAAAAUGACUGUGGCGAUCGUGAAGGCGCUGCUGUACCUGAAGGAGAAGCACGGCGUGAUCCACCGGGACGUGAAGCCCUCCAACAUCCUGCUGGACGACAAGGGCCAGAUCAAACUGUGUGACUUUGGCAUCAGCGGGCGGCUGGUCGACUCCAAGGCCAAGACACGUAGCGCCGGCUGUGCUGCGUACAUGGCACCUGAGAGAAUAGACCCUCCAGACCCCAGCAAGCCAGACUACGACAUCCGGGCCGAUGUGUGGAGCUUGGGCAUCUCUCUGGUGGAGCUAGCCACAGGACAGUUCCCUUACAAGAACUGCAAGACGGACUUUGAAGUCCUCACCAAAGUGCUCCAGGAAGACCCUCCAGUGCUGCCUCACGGCAUGGACUUCUCCAACGACUUCCAGUCCUUCGUCAAAGACUGCCUCACAAAGGAUCACAGAAAACGGCCCAAAUACAACAAACUGCUGGAGCAUAACUUCAUCCGGCACUACGAGGUCCUGGAGGUGGAUGUGGCCGGCUGGUUCCAGGCGGUCAUGGAUUGCACCGAGUCCCCCCGCAGCAGCCAGUGUUACAGCCACCAGCACCAGCUGACCUCGGUCUUCAGCAGGUAGCCUGGUCGGGCCUGGCCCUGGACAAGCUCAACAUCGGCCUCAGCCCAACGCUACCCGGGUUAGCUUCGGCAGGGCUAGCUAAGGCCAGGCCAGCUUAGGCAGGCCUUGCGUUGGCUUUGAGUGUUUAGCGCUAGCCUAGCCCAGUCUAGGCUUCGUCUUGGCCUACACUAGCCUAGACCGGUGUUAGCCAAGCCUAUCAUGGGCUUAGCCUAUCUUUUGGACCCUGGGGAGGGGUGGGGGGCGGGGGGGGGAGCCGUGCGGUCCGGGUUGUGUUUGAGGAAAGAGGAGAGACUGAUGGAGACUGGAGAGUUGAGGCCUCCGGAUCAAUACAUGGACGGAUGGAUCGGGUGGACGGACGGACAGGUGCAGUAGUAGAUCCCUUAAGGGUAUUUUAGGGUUUCAUUGGUGGUUUUGAUUGGUUCAAAUGGACAGGCAGAACUGGUAGGGGUGGAGGGGUCCCUUAGCUAGAUUAGACUGGUGUGUCAUCACACCUUUCUAACAGAAAAUGUACAGCACACUCACACUAAUCCGUAUAACUCACUGCACUGUUUUGUUUCUACACGUAAAUGUUCUCUUACCGCGUGCAGACACGUACUCGUCUAUGUACUAGGGAUGUGCAUUUCUGGCAAAAAUACUAUUUUGAUAUUCGCUGAGAAGCAUUUGAAAAUCGGUCGAUCAAGAACCCCCCACGCACGCACGCACACAACUCGUAUACACGCACACACAAUGACACAGGGGGAGGCUUCUAUGAUUUGUAUGAAAUCAAUCUGUUUAUUUCAACAACUGCGCCAUCAACAUUCAACAUUCAUCAAAAUUAUUUCAACGUGGGCUUAGGCAGAUAGGCCUACAUGCGCCGAAAACACAUCGCUAUUUAUUUUACUGAACACAGCCUGCAUGACGGUGAACUAGACACGUCUUUAGCAUAUGGAAACUAUGGCCGAAAAAAUUACUUCACACGGUGUGUCUUUUUACAAUUUAUUUGUUACCAGCAUUCGUAGUGUUGAUCAGCAGAGAAAUAGUCUGCCAAAGACGUUCACGUCACUUAGCAACCGAGGACGCUGGGGUUGAUGAGUUACCAGACUACUUCUGGAGUGAUACGAUACAACUUUCCUUGACUGCGGUCAUUAUAUGCUUAGCAACAGUGAAUUAUCAAAAAGAUAUUCACCACCGGAAGUUGAGAAGGCCCAGUCAAGUGAACGGAGCGUUUGACAGCAUUGAGAAGAGCCGUGUAAUAAAUAACCAAAGUCACAUUCAUUAUUCGAUAUUCUACGUGACUCAGACUAUUCGACGAUCGUUGCCCAUCCCUAGUAUGUACUACACCCUUUGAUCCAUUGCAUUGAAGAAUCGGAUCGCAUCGGUCAACAGCGUAGUCAGCAGACACUGGAACGGAGCCUCAGUGUAGAGUAGAGUGGAGAGGAACCUUUCCCCCCCACUGUGAUGGAGGACACACACGACCAGGAUAAGGUGUUACUAUGAGUCCUAUCGUGUGUGUGUGUGUGUUAUUCAAAGGCAGAUUAUGUAUUUUAUCCAUCUUUUAUUUUACUCACUAUAACUAACUCACGAGAUCAACCAAUUACUUUUUUGUAGCCAAUAUUAACCUUGCACUUAAUAAUUAAACUGAAUUUCUGACAAAUAUUAACAUCCAUUAAUUUGUUACACGAUUUAAGAAAUUAUGGAAAAUACAAAAAAAAUUGCAUUGCUUUGUAGUAGGUACAGUUGUGUAUGGGUUUCUUAUGGGUCAUUUUAUAAGUAUUAUUAUUAUUAUUAUUUAAAGCGACACAGAACUUAAAGAGGUGGGAGCGUUGGAGGUGUGGUGUAGAAGAAGAAGAGAGGAUAAUGUUUAGCUAGCCCACCGUCCGGUUGGGCUAGUGCCAAGCUAAGCUAUAAGCUCCAAAUCUAUGGAGCACACAGUCCAGUAUUGACAGCUCAGUGGCAGUUAAGCUGUGGUGGGUCAUUCCAAAAUAAAAGCCCCCGUGAUUAACACCAGGCAUAAUGCUGAUAUGAAGGAAUUAAACGUUAAGUGUAGGUCACCUUGGCUGGAAGCCUCAUCCCCGUGACCCAGUGAUUGGCAGUGGUGUUCAGAGGACGUUAAGGCUCCUCUACCGAGAGUGGUAACAUCUGAGGUUAUAGUGUGUUCGGAUAACCAAUGGGACAUGGCUACACCCAUGUUUUGGGUGUACUGUUGGGGUGGAACCUCUGGCCAUCCUACAGCGUGACCACAGUGAGGUUCAGCCCCUGGUCGGUUCUCUGAGCUCUCUGGUGUUACACCAAUGGAGUCCAUGGAGCUACUAACCUCCGGCACAGUCACUGCCAAAGUUGACCAGGGAGGACUCGGGAACCGGAAACCAAAUCACCACUCGACACAGAGAGGGCGGGAGAGCCCAUGGAACAGGAAAGAACCAGUAAGAGGAUUCAGGGGGAGGGAGAGCAUAGCAUGUUGACCAGUGGUAGAGAUGCGUCUAGCUUUGAGGAAACUAACAUUGUAGAAGGGAAGGAGCAGUGUGAUGUCAGAGCAGAGGAUGCACCAGUCAAUAGGCUUAUGCACAGGAGCAACGGGAUCCUUUUUAUACUAGAACUGGCUUUGGGUCCGUAACCGGAUGGACAUACCUCUAAUAUUAUUCUAGGUGGUAGGCUUCCUUUUCGUAGAGCCUGACCUGUUUGAUGGGGCUCUUUGUGUUGAGGGGUAUUUUCUUCUGCCCCUUGGCUGACUGGUUCUGGUUUAUCAGGCUGCUGUAGCAUAGCGUUAUCCCAACUGGUGCAUCGGUGGACUGGAGGGAAUUAGAGAAGUUAAGGAAAGUAACAGAACGUCAGUGAAGGGUCUGGGACGGAGUGGCAGGGACAGGAUGUUGGACAGCAAGUGGUGGGGGAACGGAGAUAGGAAGUGGAAACGUGAUGGAUUCUGUGUUGCAGGAUACUUAAAAAAAUAAAUAAAAUAGCUUUCAUGGUGUUACACCGACCUGAAGUGUAUGGCUUUAGGGAGUGAGAAUCAGUGUCUGUUUAAAUGUUUGAUCAUGUUUACUUUUCUUUUGAGAAAGAUAUUAUUUAUUUGGGUUGCUAGUGUACUGCUGCUACUUUGAAUUGCUUUAGACUGCUGUCAUCUUUUUCCCAAAAGGACAAAUACCUUUUUUUUUUUUUUUAAGCCAAAUAUGUCAAACCUAAUGCAAUGUAAACACAUGUUACCAAAUACUGAGAAGCAUCCGAGGGGGGAGAGGAGGUUAACUAAAUGUUUUCGAUGAAUUCAGAGAAAGGGAAACGCAAGGAGGUGUAUCGGGAGAAACCCGAUAUUUGUCGACACAGAGCCACUAACACACUGCGAACACGCACACAAGCGUGCGUCACCAUAGAUACAGAAGACCAUGUUUAUCCACCCCACUAGCAUCACAGAGAGGUCAUGUCCAACCCAAACGGACACAUUUUAUUUUUUGGGGUUCCGUUUCCUCUGAGGUGGUUCUCGUUCAUGUAAUGGGUUAUCUCAAGUGUACAGUCCUCAAUCCUUGCGCCUGUCUGUCCGUCAGUCCACCCAUGUCUGUCUGUCUGCGGGGGCCGCCCCAGCGAACUGUAUCACAAGGUCUGUGUCUACACCAAAGGUGUCCUCUGCUAGAAAAAAAAAAAAGAAAAGAUACGAAAGAGCUGUGGUUUAUGGUUAUGAUGAGCAUUGUUGUUGACGUUAUAUUUGAUCACUAUGACUACAUAUAAUAUAUAUAUCUAUGUAAAAUCUCUAUAGCUAUGUGUGUCAUCUACAGCAAGAGACUGGGGGCCCCCUUCAACAUCCAACACAACCGAUCCAAAGUGUAUCGAACCUAGAUUCGAACCUCGGUUACGUUCCAACGCUUCCCGUGGGUCUCAGACAUCCUCGCUAUGAGAGGUUUAACUGGGAGGGUCUGGCUGUUGUGCUCGGCCUUCCAUCCCCUGUAGAGACGGUGAAGAAGUUCCUCCGUUUCCAGCCCGUUAAAAGCUGUAUCCCUCCUGAACUAAAAGAGCCGCACCCCAACAAACCACAGGCUGCACAGAUCCAGGUUAUGACGUCGUUGCCAUAGUGUGUAUGGAAAGUGACGCAGCAUAACCUGGAGAUCCUGAACGCCCUUGCCCAGAGUGAGCAGGUGCAAUAGCCAGUGUUUGACUGUAGGGGGGCGCUGUCUCUGCAAUUCUGUGUUUUAUUUUCCUGCACCACUUUAACAGAGUGAGACCUAUCCGUACUAUACUGUCAGUCAUCCAGGUCAGAGCAUCACAUGGACCCAGUCUCUCCCAGUCUAUAUUCAAUGUUGUUCCGUUGAAGUAUCCCUCGACACAUACACUCUCUCUAACCCACACACAUGCAGACACACUCUAAGACACUAACAAGCUACUAUCUGGGAAUCUUGCAAAGGUAUCCCCUGUACUGUUGGUGUGUGUGAGUUUAUGUAAAAAAAAAAGACUGAUUUACUAACCGGAAAAACAACACGCAUGCACCAAAUGUAUAUAGUUAUUACUUUCUCAUAGGACCCUGCGAGGCUGUGUGUGUGUGUGUGUGUGUGUGUGUGUGUGUGUGUGUGUGUGUGUGUGUGUGUGUGUGUGUGUGUGUGUGUGUGUGUGUGUGUGUGUGUGUGUGUGUGUGUGUGUGUGUGUGUCCAUUGCAGGGCCCGCGGUGUACAAAAAAAAAAAAAAAGACGGCAAGAAACAGUGUAUGUGUUUGCCUGUUUGCGUGUCUCUCUCCAUCUGUAAAGUAAACCAAAAAACAUUUUCACUAUGCAGUCAUUCAAAGCACGUCGCGACGCCGCCUCCCGUGUAAAUAAGCUACAUGUAUGGAGAUACUAGGGGCUGUACAGGAUGGUGGAUGAGAGUUCCCUUGGGGGAUCCCUCCUCCCUGCAUGUCUGCGCGUGUCCGUGUGUGAUGAGCGACGGCGCAGAGGGCCAACGAGAGCGAGUAGACGGACACGCAGCAAGAGGGUUUUGAGGGAGCGGAGCAAUGUGAGGAAUGUAUUAUGGAGCGGGGA